AUGGCAAGGUAUCCUAAGAAGUCUAAGGCUAAGAAGGGGAAGCCAAAAUGUACUCUAAAUAAGAAGAUAUGCCGGAAGUAUAGUAAAGAGACAUUAGAAGUUCUAAUACAACCUGACGCUACUGAGAAGUUUGGCAUGCCUGAGCAAUACUUUAGUAUGGCUAUUGCUUAUUGGCAAACAGAAAGAAUGAACUCCUACCAACUGAACAGUAUUCCCCUGGAAAAAGGUCAAUCAGACUUGGAAAUACAAAUCAUAUCAUUUUUAAAGCGAACAGAGUUAUUAUUUAUUCCUUCGUUCUCACUUAAUAUCAAAUUACCCAAGUUCACUUUUGUUUUAAAAUAUACAUUCAAGUACUGUUAUCAAGGUUUAAUGCAAGAGUUGCUACCUCAUACCAGUUCUGAGUUUAGUCUAUCCUGUCUAUUAUUUGAUGCAUCCCACUUGGUUGACGCUUAUUGGACGAACCCCUCAACUGGAUAUUUCAUUUCUGCUCAAUCUUCUCCCGUUCAACCCCAAUUAGAUCACUGCCGAUAUGUCAACUUUACAAAGCCGCUAAUCAUCGAUACCGUUUCCCUGCCAAAAGACACGUCAUCCUCGUUCAUCGAGAAAGAUAGGGGAAACGCAACAUGGCAUACACUCUUAUCCGCACCAGGAACUAUCAGCAACUCGUUCACCAGUGGUAUUGCGACAUGCCCUCGCAACGGCUCCUUGGCACUUCAUCGGCACACGCAGGCAGAGAUAUACUACAUUCUUUCAGGCAGCGGAGAAGUAGAGGUUGAAGGGGUAAGACACUCGGUCUCGAAGGGCAACCUUGUUUGGAUACCUGGAGACGCAGAACAUGGAGUAUUUUGCGGUGACGAUGAGCUUAAAUGGCUCUAUAUCUUCCCUGAAAGCAGUUUUGACAAUAUCGUGUAUCGGUUCAGUAGUGAGAUGGAGAACGCCGUAAAGAAAAUCAAGUCCAAGCUGUAG